CCAGUAUUUUGGAGACAGCAAGAAAAGAACAGAAGUGGGGCCUCAUCCUUCGAUUUUCAACACAAGAGAAAAAGAGAAAUUGUUCUUCAGCAAGUUGUGAAAAUAAAUCCAUAAUAUUGUAUAUUUAGGAGUUUGGACACCCAGGUACAGCAUCCAGCCUCUCCUCAGUGUGUUUUGCAAACACUGCGAGAGAACCCUCUGUGUGGGGCAACUGAAUUGUCUUCUGCCUUGCCUGGUGUAAGCUGUGAGGUGCCUGAGUCUCAUUUGGCUUGAAAUUGUUUUCUUUUGUUUUCCAUCCUCAUCAGCAGAAGCCAUGGAUCACACACUGAAGUGGGGAAUCCCACCCAAGCUCCCAUACCUCAAGCUCUUUCAGCUCUUGGUGCUGGCUGGUCUGUUUUACUUCUGUUCAGGCGUUAUCCAGGUGACCAAAACAGUGAAAGAAGCAGCAAUGCUAUCCUGUGAUUACAACAUAUCCACUGAAGAACUGAAGAGAGUUCGCAUCUACUGGCAAAAGGAUAAUGAAAUGGUGCUGGCUGUCAUGUCUGGAAAAGUGACGGUGUGGCCCAGGUACGAGAACCGCACCAUCACUGACGUCACCAGUAACCUCUGCAUUGUGAUCCUGGCUCUGCGCCUGUCGGACAAUGGCACCUACACCUGUGUUAUUCAGAAGCCUGAGAAAGGGUCUUACAAACUGGAGCACCGGACUUCGGUGAAGUUAAUGGUCAGAGCUGACUUCCCUGUCCCUAGUAUAACUGAUCUUGGAAAUCCAUCUCCUAACAUCAGAAGGAUAAUUUGCUCAACCUCUGGAGGUUUUCCAAAGCCUCACCUUUCCUGGUUGGAAAAUGGAGAAGAAUUAAAUUCUACCAAUACAACACUUUCCCAGGAUCCUGAAACUGAGCUCUACACGAUUAGCAGCAAACUGGAUUUCAAUAUGACAAGCAACCACAGCUUCGUGUGUCUUGUCAAGUAUGGAGCCUUAACAGUGUCACAGAUCUUCAACUGGCAAAAAUGCUGAGUGAGGCUUGAGGAUGGAUGAGGAGUGACCUCUGAGAGGAAGCCAGGAGUGAGUUGGAACUUGUGAAACAUCUAGACUCCCAGGAUAACAGCAAGAGCUUCUUUGUUAUUUGGGGUGUCAUUCUGGUCUGCAGAGGCCAACCCUGCUAAUCACUCGAUGUCUCCACCCAAUCUGGUGUUUUAGAGAAAAAUAAAAAAACGACUUUCCCUAGUC